AUGGCUUCACGACAUUUUGGAAUGGUGUGUAGUUGCAUGAUUAUGAUGAUGAUAAUUUUCUUGGGUGCUAGUUCAGCUGUUGAAGGUGCUAGAGAUUUUAAGGUUGGUGAUCACUUGGGAUGGCAUGAACCUGGUCCCAAUAAUAUUUCAUAUUACAUUCAAUGGGCUCAAAGGAACAGAUUCCAAAUUGGUGACUCUCUCGUAUUUGAGUACCAAAAUGACUCAGUUCUAGUUGUUGAAAAAUGGAAAUACUUCCAUUGUGAUACAAACAAUCCCAUAACAUCUUAUGAUGAUGGAAACAGCACAGUGAUUCUUGAUAGGUCCGGUUUCUUCUACUUCAUAAGUGGAACAGAGAAUCACUGUCACAAUGGGCAGAAACUUAUUGUGGAAGUUAUAUCGCCACAGCACAUGGAAAUUCUUCGGCCGGCCGCCUCCCCUGCGCCGGCCGAAGACGCUUCUUCAUCAUCAGAACUGGCUCCUUCACCCUAUUAUCAUCAUCAUCAUCAUCAUCAUGGCUCCAAUGCUUCUUCAUCCACAUCACGUUUCAUGAUGAUUGGUUCAGCAGUUACGGUUCUUCUUGUCACCUUUGUAGUUGUGCUAGUUUUAGCACCAUGAAUUAUUGUUCUUGUUAUU